AACCGCUAGAGCGAAGAUUCAGUUAAAAUUUUCAAGUUUUGUUUCUGGGGUUUAUCUAUUGAGUGGCGAUUUUAAAUUGUUUAUAUAAAUACAAUGGAUGCUUCUGAGAAUCCUGGGCGAUUUGGCGAUACUUCAACAGGAGAUACAGUAUUUGAUGCUUCGCAGUAUACAUUUUUCGGGAAAGAUGUUCUCGAGGAAGUUGAAUUGGGGGGAUUAGAUGAGGAGGAGGAGGAAUUACCUGCAGUCGGACUUGAUGAUGAGGAGUUUUUGUUUGAUCGAGAUGAGGGUGAAGUUUUGAGAUCCUUAUCAGACAUUGAUGAUCUUGCUAAUACAUUUUCAAAGUUGGACCCAGCUUUUAGUGGACCAAGAGGCUCGGGGAUAAUUGGUGAUGGGGGAUCCAGACAAAGUUCAUCUGCAGCCGAAUGGACACAUGGGGAGGAAUUUCCUUGCUGGCUUGGUCAGCAGCCACUUGGAACUGAAAGUAUUCCCGAAGGGAAACGCCGGUCAGCACAACCCUUGGCCAAUUUGGACCCAAAGCAUAUCUACAGGACAUCCUCAUACCCCGAGCAGCAGCAGCUGCCGCCACAGCAGCAACAUCAAUACUGUCAAAAUUUCUCUAGUGAACCGAUUUUAGUUCCAAAACCUUCUUAUACUUCAUACUCUCCCCAUGAGGGCAGAUCUCCUCAGGCUUCACCGAACCAACAUGCUGGACACCUAAAUAUUCCUUAUAUGGUUGGUGGGCCGCGGAUGACAUCUUUGCCAAACCUCUCUUCCUUCUCAAAUUCUCAGCUUCAACCGCCAGGUUUAUACCGUGGGCCACCUUUUCGUGGGAAUAUUCCUCAAUUUGCUCCUGGCCUGUCUGUCAGUAAUCUGCCGUCAAAUCAAUGGGGGAGCCAGGCAAAAUUGUAUGGAGAUGAUUCCAGUAUUUUGAACAAUAUGUUGCAAAAACAGUUAUCCCAUCAAAAUGGUUUGGUUCCUUCACAAUUAAUGCCACAGCUGCAGUCGCACCAGCAGAGAUUGCAGCAUCCUGAUCAGCCUUCAGUUGGCCAUUUUUCAGGGAUUCAGUCACAACUAUUUAAUCCUCAUCUUUCUCCUUCCCCAUCUCAAAUGAACAUGGUUGAUGCUAUACUUGGUAUUGGUGAUCUGAGAGAUCAAAGAGUCAAAUCAGCUCAGAAGGGUAGGCAGAAUCUACGGUUUUCACAGCAGGGCUUUGACAGUGGUAGACUGAAGAGCGGUUUUGGGUGGCCUAAGUUUAGAUCCAAAUACAUGUCAACUGAUGAGAUUGAGGGCAUUGUCAGAAUGCAGCUUGUUGCAACCCACAGUAAUGACCCCUACACGGAUGAUUAUUACCACCAGGCUUGUCUUGCAAGAAAAUCGGCUGGGGCAAAGUUGAGACAUCAUUUCUGCCCGACUCAGAUUAGGGACCUUCCUCCCCUAGCACGUUCGAAUUCUGAGCCUCAUGCUUUUCUCCAGGCUGAUGCUCUUGGGAGGAUUCAUUUCUCUUCGGUUCGCAGGCCUCGCCCUCUUCUUGAAGUUGACCCUCCUAAUUCAUCUGCUGUCACCAACAAUGAUAAAAAAGCUUCUGAUAUGCCCCUGGAACAGGAACCGAUGCUUGCUGCUAGAGUUACAAUAGAGGAUGGUAUAUGCCUUCUUCUUGAUGUAGAUGAUAUUGAUAGGUUUUUACAGUUUAAUCAGUUGCAGGAUGGUGGAUCCCAACUGAGACAGAGACGACAGGCUUUCUUGGAGGAGCUGGCUACAUCACUUCAGUUGGUUGACACACUUAGCAAGAAUGGUCAUACAGAUGAUCUUGCUCAGAAGGAUGAUCUUGUGUUUUUACGGAUAGUUUCCCUCCCCAAAGGUCGGAAGCUACUUGCAAGGUUCCUUAAGCUUCUUCCUCCAGGUGGUGAGCUCAUGCUAGUUGUCUGCAUGUCCAUUUUCCGUCAUUUAAGGCUCUUGUUCGGAGUCCUUCCCUCUGAUCCAGGACCCGCUGAAACUACUAUUAACCUUGCAAGGGUUGUUUCCUCUUGUGUCCAUGAAAUGGAUCUCCGUGCCCUCAGUGUCUGUCUUGCAUCUGUUGUUUGUUCUUCAGAGAAGCCCCCUCUUCGUCCCAUUGGAAGUCCUGCUGGAGAUGAGGCUUCAAUUAUUCUGAAAUCUGUUCUUGAUAGGGCAACAAAAAUCAUGAAUGAUUCUAGAGCUGCUGGCAAUUAUAAUAUGACUAAUCUACCCCUUUGGAAAGCUUCAUUUGAUGAAUUCUUUAACCUCCUUACCAAGUAUUGCAUAUACAAAUACGAUACCGUGAUGCAGUCCUUGCGAAUGCAGACCAAACCAAGUAUGGCAAUCGAUGGAUCAGGUGCUGCCAAAGCUAUUAAAAGAGAAAUGCCAGUUGAUCUCUUACACGCAUGUUUACCCCACCUUAGUGACCAGCAGAAAAAGCAGCUUUGGGAUCUCACUCAACGGCCUAUGCUUGUAGAACAGUCAUGAUACAUGAACACUACCUAGAAGUUCAAAUUCAAAUGUGUUCGAGACGGAAACAAUUGAAGUACACAAUAUGGAGCAAGUGAUUCCAAGGGCUGAAAGGAAUUCAAUUAGCUAUACCGUUCCACACAAAUGUGGCCGUGAUGGAGCAUCGACUGUGGUUCAGGUGAAACACCAAAGAUACUUUUCAAGUAAAAGUCAAAUUUCUUUGAGAAUUUAGUUUUAUUACCUGGGUUUUCACUUUCAUCCCUUCGUUUUGCAAAACAUUGAAGCGGGGCUCAUGUGUAUUAUGGUAGAAAAACUUGCUAGGACGUUUUCCCUUUCCUUUGGGUUCUCACCAUAUAAUUGGAGCUUAUUUUGAUGCUCUGUUGUGAAAUUUCUGGUAUGGAGAUGUUAGUUGGUUAGCAUGUACAGGGUUUGGUACAGAUAACAUGUGUUCCGGCUAUUAUUUCCCGACAAGACUGGACAGAUCCUGUAUUGGUCUUCCUUGGCAUAGUUAAUGCUGCGCGAUGCCAGCAGGCACACCAGUUAUCGGCAAUUGUAGCCCUAAUAACGGUAACGUCGAAGCUUUUGUUUUGAUCCUUUGAAUUUAUUGUUUUUAGUCCUUUUUGCUUCCCCCUCAUUUUGUCAAAGAGAAGACUGUUAUAUAUCAGUGCUGCAUUUUUAUA